GUUAUCUGGUAUCCUAAACCACAACCAAGGAGGGCUGCAAUGACGUCACGAACAACAUACGGAAGUCAGAGCUCUUUGAAUGAAGAUGCCCUGGAAGUUAAUGACUGUGAUCAAUUCCCGCUCAACGGCGGUGAUACCCAAGACUCUAUAGAAGUUGACAGAACCUCUGAAGAGGAAUUGGCCUCAGUGUGCACAGUUGUCAGUCCGAAUUUUAAUUUUCGGGUCAGAAUACAUGAGAUUCCAACGUAUCAGCUCUUUUUGGCGGGUUAUCUUCUUCUCGUGCUCGUGGUUUUCAGCGUGUGUAUCUGCGUGAACACGAAGUCUGCGUGGGGCAUUUACGCGCCAAUCGUGGUUGUUGUUGUGCUGUUUGGUGCACUUUUGUAUCGGAACUAUCGUGAGGGACGCUUUCACUUCGCUGAU